AUGGACAAAAAUAGAGCAGAGGAUAUCUUUCCAGAAAUUUGUGAUGGUCUCUUCUCUUAUGAUGAAAAAAAAUACAAAGAAAUUCUUGAGAAUUACUUUGUAGAUGAUGCAAAAUUAUCCCACCCUCUUUUAAAUGUUGAGGGAACUCAUAACAUUUUUAGAGUUUUUCGCGUUUGGACUUCGUUAAAUCUUCAACCACCCCAAAUUGACGAAUACCCAAUUUUCGAUGUAGAGAACGCAUUUAUUCGCGUAACACAACAUUUCCGCCCUCGAAUUUUACCUUUUGUCCAUCUUUCGAUACCUUCUGUCACUAUCUUGAAAUUCCGUAAAGCAGAUAAUGGAUUAUAUUACAUCGUCAAACAAGAGGAUAAUUGGACUCUCGAAGGUCUUAUUCAAAGUGUGCCUUUGAUCAAUUGGUGGUAUGAUAACGUAGUUCGUGUAGUUAUGGGUGGUCUUUUUACUCGCGUUGGAUCAUUUCUUGAUACUGCCAACGUAGCAACCUAUAGAUUGACGGAAAAUAGUCACGAGGCCAUUUCCCAUGGUCAAACUAAAGCUAAAGAAUAUUUGGGCCCAUUCAAAGAUUCUUAUAUUAACCCACCUUUGAACAAAGCCCAAGAAAUCAUUAGUGAUGGGCUGACAAAGGGACAACACUUUACCUACCGUGCUAGAAAUGCGAUUUGGAAUGCUCAAGAAGGAGUUAAAAACCAUCUCACUAAAGUGACUGGUGGUCAUUCAAACCUCUACAUCAAUGAAAAUGAUUCUUAA